AUGCAACAUUCGGAUGUAUCGCGCUUCAAUUCCCAUAGAUUCAAUAAUCUGAACGGUGACACGGGUUUCUCGCACGGUGCCUAUAACUCCAACACGCCCAACCAAGGCUUCUCGAAUCGCAACCAUCGCCGAGCGAAUAUUCCCGCGAUCAACACGGCCGCCGCGGGUCACUCCUCGGACAUGGGCUCCGGGGCCGGCUUCGAUAUGAACUUCACCCCUUUGCUCCCGUCGCAGCUGCUCGUGGGCAGCCCCUUUCAACCAGGCACCCCGUCCGCUUUUGCCUCGCCGCAAUUUGCCAGUUUCGGAGGUUUCCCUCAGGUCGCGGCGAAUGGACACUCCCAGAACCACCAGACCCAUCAGCUCGGGAGCCCGACCCAAGGAUUGGCGAACCACGGCCUCUUUCUGUCGACCGACGUCGGUGCAGCUCAACUCCUGGGUGGUCCUCAGUCGCCCAUCGGUGCUCUACACCACGCCGGGCUAGGAAGCGCCGCCCUGGGCAGCCCGGCCGCCUCGGUGGCACCGGGAUUGCUCGCAGGGACCAGUCGCACCGUGUAUCUAGGCAACAUCCCCGCCGAAACCAGCGCCGAAGAGAUCCUGAAUCACGUGCGGAGCGGACAGAUCGAGUCCGUCCGCCUGCUGCCGGACAAGAACUGCGCCUUCAUCUCCUUCCUCGAUAGCAGCUCGGCCACUCACUUCCACUCAGACGCCAUCCUGAAGAAGCUGGCCAUCAAGGGGAAUGAUAUCAAGAUCGGCUGGGGCAAGCCGUCCCAGGUCCCCACAUCGGUCGCCCUCGCCGUUCAGCAAUCCGGGGCCUCGCGCAAUGUCUAUCUUGGCAACUUGCCCGAAGAGACCACCGAGGACGGUCUGCGGGAGGAAUUGAGCAAGUUUGGCCCCGUAGACACCGUCAAGAUUGUCAAAGAAAAAGCCAUCGGCUUUGUGCACUUCCUUUCCAUCAGCAACGCGAUGAAGGCAGUGGCCCAGCUGCCCCAGGAGCCCGAAUGGCAGGCGCCCAAGCGCGUCUUCUACGGCAAGGAUCGAUGCGCGUACGUGUCCAAGACCCAGCAGCAAAAUGCCGCGCAAUUCUUGGGUAUUGCUCCGGGCUAUGCACAUGUUCUGAACUCUGCAGACCGCGAUUUGAUUUCCAACGCCCUAGCCCAGCAGUCCGUGGCGGCGGCGGCCGUGGCUACGACAGCCGGCGGGGUCAACAAUCUCGGAAACCGAACAAUCUACCUCGGAAACAUCCACCCCGAAACGACCAUUGAGGAGAUUUGCAACGUGGUGCGCGGCGGCCUCCUUCACCACAUUCGCUACAUUCCCGACAAGCACAUCUGCUUUGUCACCUUUAUCGAUCCUACCUCUGCCGCUUCGUUCUAUGCGCUGAGCAACCUGCAGGGAUUGAUGAUUCACAAUCGUCGCCUGAAGAUCGGCUGGGGCAAGCACUCGGGCCCUCUGCCCCCUGCCAUCGCUCUGGCUGUCAGUGGCGGUGCGUCGCGAAAUGUAUACGUAGGCAAUCUCGACGAAACGUGGACGGAGGAACGCCUGCGUCAAGACUUUUCAGAAUAUGGUGAGAUCGAGUUGGUGAACACCCUUCGUGAGAAGAGUUGCGCGUUCGUCAACUUCACCAACAUUGCCAACGCCAUCAAGGCCAUCGAAGGCAUGCGCAACCGAGAGGAAUAUCGCCGUUUCAAGAUCAACUUCGGCAAGGACCGAUGCGGGAACCCUCCUCGUCAGGCUACCAACCAAAGCGGAUCCCCUCAGGCCCGCAAUGGAGGUGGUCUCGAGGGUCCUCAAUCGCCCUCUCCCGCCUUGAACGGUUUCCAGCAGGGAUUGAACCCGAACGGCUCUCAGAGCCCGUCCCGUCACGCUCUCUCCCCCGCGCCUGGAUCAACGGGAUCUCAAAACGGUCAGCAUCAGCGUCAUCCUCUGCAGACCGUGACUUCUCCCUCUAAUGUGCUGGACGGGGGAUCCAACAACCCGCUCACCAUGUAUCUGAACCAAAUGUCGGCUCAGCAAGCUCAGGAGCAGGAAAACCGUCUCUCGGACUCCAUGAUCAUGGCUGGCCUUCAAGCUCAAUCCCAAGGCCCCUCCCAACAAUCCUUGUAUAGCACCAACGGCAAUACCGAUCUGACGAAUGGCUCCAUGGAUGCCCCAAUGCGCCACGGGCAUGCUCACAAGCCCUCUGGAAAUGGCUACCUGAGUGUUGCUGGCUCCGGUCACCAUUCGACCGCCAGCACUAGCAACCUGAGUGUGCCGCGGGCGCAGCACUCCCGUGCCGUCAGUCUUCCCUCGUUUUCGCAGGAGCCCUUUGGCCCCGUCUCUAGCCAGCCUGGGCACAUGCGAUCCAUUGCACACCAGCCCCAAGCUAGCUUCUCGAGCUUCUCGGGCCUGGGCGGUUUGAACCAUUCCGGCUUUGGUCUGGCCAUCCAGAACGAGAAUUCUCUGCCGGGAUGGGCCGAGGAGGAGAUUGGCGCCAAAUAA